AUGGUGUCUGAGUCAUCAUCGCACACUGAUACACACCAGAGCGUCUCGUAUCUUUCCAGCAUGCAUCAAGAUGAUAAAGGAGAGAUUGCACAACGGAGAUGUAACGGCAAUGUAGGUGAGUGCAUGAACGAUGAUGAAGAAAUGAUGAUGGAGUCGGAAACUAGCCGAAGGAUAUUAGAAGAAGGAGCAAGGUAUAUCAGCUACGGUGCACUGGAGAGAGACAAUGUCCCGUGUAAUCGUCCUGGAAAUUCUUACUACAACUGUGUUGCAUCAGGAGAGGUUAAUCCAUAUAGCCGUGGUUGUAACGUUAUCACGCAGUGCGCUAGGUCCAUGUGGUAG